AGCUGUGGGACUGAUCUAAUCCAACCCUUGUGGAGUUAACCCCACGUCAACUUCACAUCGAGAAGUCCGACUUACGGUCCUGUGGUCACGAUAUGACCUUUCUAGAGUUCUGUGAUGUGGCUAAUUCAUUGCACCCUCUUUGCGACCUUUACUCAUGCACUUCCUCGUGCAAAACUUGAAGGUGUAAAUACAACCAGACAGCCAAGAUGAGUUCCGGACCGCUAUAUUUGGGUUUUGACCUCUCAACCCAGCAACUCAAAGCUAUCGUAGUCUCUUCGGACCUCAAAGUCGUCUCAGAGGCCAAGGUCGACUUCGACGCUGACUUCGGUGCCAAGUAUGAUAUCAGCAAGGGCGUGCGCGUCAACGAAGAUGAUGGCGAGGUCUUUGCGCCCGUAGCUAUGUGGCUCGAGGCCUUGGACCUGGUUCUCCAGCGUCUGAAGGAGAAUAAGUGUCCCGUGCAGGAUAUCAGGGGUAUCAGUGGCUCGUGCCAGCAGCACGGCAGCGUCUUCUGGAGCGCGGAUGGCGGGUCGGCGCUGAAGAAGCUUGAUGCGGGGAAGACCUUGGUAGAACAGCUGACAAUCGCGUUUUCGUACGAGUUUGGUCCUAAUUGGCAGGAUCACAGUACGCAGGCGGAGUGCGAUCUGUUCGAUGCGCAUUUGGGGUCGAAGCAGAAGCUGGCCGAGGCUACGGGAAGCUCGGCACAUCAUCGGUUCACCGGGACACAGAUUAUGAGAAUGCGGAGGAGGCGUCCUGAAGUAUACGCGAAGACGGCAAGAAUAUCCCUCGUUUCUUCGUUCCUCGCGUCACUGCUCCUUGGUGAGAUAGCACCCAUAGACAUUGGCGAUGUCACGGGCAUGAACUUAUGGGACAUCCGCAAGGACUCGUGGCAUGAGUCGCUCCUUCAACUUACAGCAGGAGGUGAGGACGGCAUACCGGAGCUUCGGAAGAAGCUUGGCGAUGUGCGUAUGGAUGGCGGUGGUACUAUGGGUUCGAUAUCGUCUUACUUCGUCGAGAAGUACGGCUUUAACCCCGAGUGUCAAAUCGUCCCCUUCACGGGAGAUAAUCCGGCGACAAUUCUCGCACUACCGCUGCGGCCACUCGAUGCCAUUGUCUCGUUGGGCACUUCAUCGACCUUUCUUAUGAUCACCCCAACAUACUUGCCUGAUCCGUCGUACCACUUCAUGAACCAUCCCGCCAACCCCGGACACUACAUGUUUAUGCUCUGCUACAAGAACGGUGGCCUCGCCCGCGAAAAAGUACGGGAUAGACUGCCGAAGCCUUCAGGUUCCGACCCUUGGGCUAAGUUCAACAAGGCCGUCCUUGAGACGCCGCCCUUGGACAUCAAGACGGAAACCGACAAGGCGAAGCUCGGCCUGUACUUCCCCAUGCCGGAAAUCGUGCCCAACAUCAAGGCCGGCACAUGGCGGUACACCAGCAAAUCUGACGGCUCGGACCUGCAGGAGAAGGCUGAAAACGAGGACGAUUGGCCCCCCGAUACAGACGCCCGCAUCAUCGUCGAGUCGCAAGCCCUCUCCAUGCGCCUGCGGUCCCAAAACCUCGUGACGAGCCCCAAGGACGCCCUUCCUGCGCAGCCGCGGCGCAUCUACCUGGUCGGCGGCGGAUCGCUGAACCCGGCCAUCGCGCGCGUCAUGGGCGAUGUGCUGGGCGGCGUGGACGGAGUUUACAAGCUGGAUGUAGGCGGCAACGCGUGCGCGCUGGGCGGGGCGUACAAGGCCGUCUGGGCGCUGGAGAGGGGCGAGAACGAGAGCUUCGAUGCGCUGAUUGGGAAGAGGUGGACUGAGGAGGGCGCAAUUCAGAAGGUUGAUGAUGGGUUUAAGGAUGGGACGUUCCAGAAGUAUGGCGGUGUUGUUGGGGCGUUUGAGGACAUGGAGAAGAGGAUCUUGGAGGUUGCGCAUAACUAGGGUAGGAGACAUGUACCUCGAAUGAUUGAGGAUGUCCAUCUGCGUCAACUCUAGUGGUGAAGAACACCAAGACUAACACCGAUGCGGCUCCAGUGCCUUAAUCCUCUAUGAGUUGAACUUGGUACAACUUUCAACAAAUCAAAUCGAUAGUCCACGUCGAUAUAGGAUAGGUCCAGGUAAUCGCGGUUACCAAAGGAACUAACAGCCUCUGCGCCGGCCAUUUUGAGCCUCAAGUGCGCAUCGUGUCAAUCAUUCCAAAUGAAUUCCACACUCGUUCUUUGC